GGCCCCCGCCUCUUAGUGCGCGCGCUGGGCCUCCUUGCGGCUCGCGGCCGGAGCUGAUCAUCGUUUUCCCAGGCCCUCGCACAGCAUCCUCUCUCCCUUGGGAGCGAGAAAGCAACCCCUUUCUGUCCCCUCCAUUUCCCGCGAGCCCCUAGGCGGGACGGAGCGGAGGCUCUCGGAGCCUCCAGCCCCGACCCAGGGCUCUUGGGACUUGCGACCCUCUCUCCAAAAAGGGCAGGGAAGGAGCGCGAGGUGGGGCGGGGGUGACUUCGGGGGAGGGAAGGGCUUUUGUAGAAAGGACGCAGCUGCAGAUCGGUAGCUGGAGGCCACACGGUAAAAUAAGCGCCUCGCAGACGUCUGCGCCCGAGUUAAGUUAGACCCAGGAGGCAGAGUCCACGCCCUGCGCGGGUGGGCCCCGGCACCCCGAUUGGGAACCUCGCUGUCAGUUACCCUAGUUUUUGCAGAUCGUUCAGUGUUCAGGAAAUGAGUCCCUGGAUGCCAGCUCUUUCGCGUCCUGGUGUCUGAAUGCAGUUGGACGCCGGAGCCCAGAGUCUCCCCAGCCUGAAGAACCCGCUUUCUGCUCUCACCAUGAGCUUGCGGAACCUGCCAGGUGCAAAGCACCGGUCAAGCAUAUGGGAGGGAGUGUGGCUUCAGUCUUGCUCAGAGCCCUGCAUUGUUUAGGGCCAAAGGAAUAACUGGGAAAGUGAAUGAAAGGCCAGAGAAUCCCGCCAUGGAACUCCGCUCGUAUGCUGUCUCUGUCGCUCCAGCAUCUGAAAGGAGUAAAUAAUGGUUUCCUUUGAAAUGGCAGGCAAUUAGGACUGGGAGUCUCUGACCAGAAUUACACAGCCACAACUGCCUGUCAUUUGACAUGCUCUGUAAUUUGGGCCAACGUACUGCAGCUGCUUCUCUUCCUCUUUUACUAGUAUGAGUGGCUCCGGUGACAGCCCCUUCGUGUUCACAGGAAGAGAAGGCUGUGUUCUGAACGCUGACCAACUUGCACUGGUUUUCCCUUGGGCCAGGGCUGUUUCUGGAGUCACUGCCUCUUCCAGGAGGAUAAACUUUCACUGAUGGCUCAGUUGGGAGCAGUUGUGGCUGUGGCUGCCAGUUUCUUUUGUGCAUCUCUCUUCUCAGCCGUGCACAAGAUAGAAGAGGGGCAUAUUGGGGUGUAUUACAGAGGUGGUGCCCUGCUGACGUCCACCAGUGGCCCUGGCUUCCAUCUCAUGCUCCCUUUCAUCACAUCAUAUAAGUCUGUGCAGACCACACUCCAGACAGAUGAGGUGAAGAAUGUACCUUGUGGGACAAGCGGUGGCGUGAUGAUCUACUUCGACAGGAUCGAGGUGGUGAACUUCCUGGUCCCACAUGCAGUGUAUGAUAUCGUGAAGAACUACACAGCCGACUACGACAAGGCGCUCAUCUUCAACAAGAUCCACCACGAGCUGAACCAGUUCUGCAGUGUCCACACGCUUCAGGAGGUCUACAUUGAGCUCUUUGAUCAGAUUGAUGAAAAUCUCAAACUGGCUUUGCAGCAGGAUCUGACCUCCAUGGCCCCUGGGCUUGUCAUCCAAGCUGUGCGUGUGACAAAGCCCAACAUACCCGAGGCCAUCCGCAGGAACUAUGAGCUGAUGGAAAGUGAGAAGACAAAGCUUCUCAUUGCAGCCCAGAAGCAGAAGGUGGUGGAGAAGGAGGCCGAGACAGAGCGGAAGAAGGCCCUCAUUGAGGCAGAGAAAGUGGCUCAGGUUGCAGAAAUCACCUACGGGCAGAAGGUGAUGGAGAAGGAGACGGAGAAGAAGAUUUCAGAAAUCGAAGAUGCGGCGUUUCUGGCCCGAGAGAAGGCCAAGGCCGAUGCCGAGUGCUACACUGCCAUGAAAAUCGCCGAAGCGAAUAAGCUGAAGCUGACCCCUGAGUAUCUGCAGCUGAUGAAGUACAAGGCCAUUGCUUCCAACAGCAAGAUUUACUUUGGCAAAGACAUCCCUAACAUGUUCAUGGACUCUGCGGGCAGCCUGGGGAAGCAGUUUGAGGGGCUCACUGACAAGCUGAGCUUUGGCUUAGAAGAUGAGCCCCUGGAAGCAGGCACCGAGGAGAACUGAAUGUUUUUGUCCACAACCUCAGGUGACACUCAAAGAGAUCUUGAUUUUGUAAAGGACGAACUGGGUUGCCCUCCCCUUCCACACUACCUUUGUUGACUCUCUUCCACGUGAAAAAAGAAACGGACUUAAAUCUAUUCCCCUUCCCGGGAAGGGAGGGCAGGGAUUGAUGAAUUGGGGUUUUAUUCAGGUAAGGAGGUUACACGACUUCUGUUAAGAUUUGUAAACCAUGUGGUUAGACCUUUGACCUCCAGGCACUGAUUUUCACCCCCUUUUGAAGCUGGCUGAAUUAGGGAUGCUCUCCAUGAGGCGUGGGAGAAAUACAGGGUGUGAUGCCUCCAGGUGACCUGACUGCCCUGCUUUGGGAAAAGGCAGCCCAGUGUUCUUGUCCUGCCUCCCAGUGGGUGACGCUCAGCAACUGAGCAAAUCCCUGCUGGUAAGUUUGCCAGUAGGGCUGUGGAAAAAUGGCUGCAGAGAACAUUGGCAUUCCUGGCCUUCCUGGCAGGGCAUACCUGACUCACUGCAGAGGCGUGCUUGAGCCCCAUAAGGAAAAUCUGGUGCUAGGUUUUGCAAGCUUUUCUACACACCGCCCUCCUGGCCCCAGGGCUUAAAGCGUGGUGGCUUCUGACUACAUUUCCAGAGUCAGGGUUUGGUCCCCACCACACACAUCUUUUUAAAACUUUUCGCCUAUUCUGUGAUUCGGUUUUUUUUUUUUCUCCUCUUAACCUGUUCGUUGGUUCCACUCAGCAUCAAGAAGACAGAACAAAGAACUCAGGCAUCUUAAUAGCUGCUGAAGUGGGACCGUCCUGUCUGUUAGCCACUGUGCUACCUGCUUGGCAAAUUGUGUGUGUUCCUUGAGAUCAAGUGUCUUUUUAUUGUUGUGGAGGUUCUCCAGGGAAGCGCUUCUCUGGGGAAGGUAGAAGGGUCGUCCAAGAGAGUUCCCAGUCUGACUGCCUGUGGCUUGUGCCAGCAGUUCAUGUGACAUGGUGAUAAACAGGAGCGCAUUCACAAGGUGGCCCGUGUCUUUAAAUCCAGGGCUCAGGGGUCACACUGGGUGUUAAAUCUCCAAACUGCAGCUAUGUGGGUGUGGGUCAGAGUUCACGCCCCAGUCCCUGGAUUGGAAGGGCUGCUUCAGAAUCCAUUCACAUGUGUUUUCACUGCUGAUUAGAUUUGGAUGGUGAAGGGCAAACAAGAGAAAAAGGUUUUAUAUCCUGAAAUUGGAGUUGGGUGUGUGGGUGGCGUACCAGAUUGCUGAGUGGUGUCUGGAGUGAACUCGCAAGCAUAUCGGUGUUGUUUGUGACAAGCUCUAGCUUAGAUUUGUUAUUAGCUUUGUUUUUAGCUGCCUCCCCCCCCACAUACACACACCCCAAAGAGACUCCCACUGUACCCCUCCCACUGCAGUGAAACUAUGAAUAAUACUUUCAGACAUAGAGUUCCAUCUCAUUUUUGGUCCCAUGCCCAGACUUCUGAUUUCUCAAAUGGCCCCAAAAGUUGGGCCAGUCAUGUCAGGAGCUGGGGGAGCAUUCACCCUGCCUCAAAAGACACAAAGGGUUAACUCCCCUUAAUUUAAAUGUUGCCCUUCUCCAUUCUAAUUUCUGGGACCUUGAAUUCUCAAACCCUUGUCCUGAUCACACUUUGUACAGGCAGUCAGAUGUUCCUGGGAGUGAUGGAUUUUCAUGUGCAAGAAAGUGCUUGCAGAAGGGGGUUAGUCUCCUGAGACCUAGGUAAGGUAUCGGUUAUCAAGACACACUAGGGCUCCUCCCAUUUCAAUGCCGUUCAUCACUCCUUAGGAACAACAGGUCACGUCCAGCAUCCCUGAUUUACAUACUCGUCUGCUCCUCUGGCCACCUAAGCCUCAGAAAGCACUCCUUCACUAGUGGAAUCUGGAGCGAGGACAUCUCAGCCUCGUCGGAUAGCACGGUUGCUCAGAUUCUUAACCGGAAUAUCUCCCUAAUCCUGACAUCCUGUGAUGGCUUGUCCCUUACACCAGAUCACAAAAGGGCCUCAGUAAAGUCCUGCGACACCUGUCCCUCAAUGUUAAUGUUGCUGCUUCUUUAAGCAGAACGUAUAACUGUUGUAGUACCCAUUCAUUUAAAUCCACUGGUUAUACCUGCCUGAAUUAGUAAAAUCAUGGAUCUCGGCUGUUUCCUUAACUUGGGACAACUAACCAGUCUGUCUGUUUGACUUUGUUUCUUUAACAUUUCCUGGAAAACCUACUCUGCAAACAUUUGAAUUCUAAACAUGUUAAAUGUGAUGGCCUGCCAUUUGGCAGGCAGUGAAGUCAUGGCUGCUAUUUAUAAAUGGAACCUCUAUCAAAAUAGGUAAAUGUUUAUAAAAUUCAGUUUUUGUAGGAUUUGCCAAGGAAAAGUCACCUUGGUUGAAUGUUUCUCACGCAUUAAACUUCACAGAAGUGAUCCAUAUUCAGUACUGGUUUUAAUCACUUUUUAAAUAACAAGGAUAGGAUGUUUGAAAGGAAGCCACAGUUUGUUCAUUUUUAUAUGACCAAGAUAAAUUCGGAGGGAUCUGUGAUCAUAUUCAGUUAAGGGAGGAAAAAAAAAAUCACUGAAAGGAUUUUAGCAAUACAGUCAUCCCUCGGUCUCCACAGGGGACUGGUUCCAGGACCCCCGAGGACACCAAAAUCCAUGGAUGCUCACGUCCCUUAUAUGAAGUCACCUUCUGUAUCACAGGUUCUGCAUCCAUGGAUGGGAAGGGCUGGCUAUAUACUGAUCUAAAAAAGAUGUUUUAUAAAUGAUCUGUUGCAGUUUCUACAGGUCUCUGUAUCUUUCAACACUGAUAACUUUACCAUUUACAGAGAGUAAGAGCAUCAUACUUGCUGACUUAGCUAUUUACAUUUGAUUGAGGAUAAAAUGUAUUCUGAUGAGUGUCUGCUGUCUGUGAACUUAACCACUGCUUUCUUUAGUUCUAGUUAGUAGGGGUCUAGCCACUGUUUCUGUUGUUUCCUUUUAAAAGCGGUUAAAGCCAAUCAUUUCGUGUUUGUAUUUCCGUUCCUCUUUAUUUCUGCUUUUGUGGAAGCUGUUGAUCGAAUAGUCAAAGCUAAUUCUAUGUGCAAAGAGCCCCAAGGGCUGAAUGACUCCCUUUGUACCUGAGAAAUGAUUCUUGUUAUAUUGCAUUCUACAAAUGAUAUGCUGGAUUAAUUGCCUUGAGUUGAUGAUGGAGAAACUGCUUUGGACAACACUAAAGGUGUGAUUUUAUGUCUUAGUUUUAUUUUCAGUCUUGCUAAAUAAAAUGAGUCUUUGUAUUUUUUUUA